CUCUCCUCUGCUCAGCAUUUUGCUCGAAAGCCACCUACUGACCUACACACACCUACCAUGGUGGCAUCGGUGGCCUGCUCCUUCUUCUUCGACGACGAGCUGCUCGGCGAGCCCGGCAUGCCGCCGACGGACGCGUGCGCGCUCUGCGCCAAGCCGCUGGCGCGCGACCGCGACGUCUUCAUGUACAGAGGGGACACGCCCUACUGCAGCGAGGAGUGUCGGCACGAGCAGAUGCACCUCGACGCCGUCUGUGCCAAGCAGGCCGCGCGGAGGCAGCAGCGGUUCUCGGCGGAGACGGAGUCCCACCGUGGGCAACGGCAGUCCAGCAAGGUGUCGGUCGCAAGCUAACCGCCUGGCCGCUGAAGGUUUUGUUUGGAUCGACAAGAUCUGAAUGAAUUCUGAAGAAUCAUCGUCGUUUCCGUCUCUCCGGCCGGUGCUCUAGCCUGGUCCGGUGGAGGCACCAGGUACAGCUUGGCGCCGCCUACAGGAGACAAGGGAGGGCAGCAGCAUCAGGCGGCACCAAGCAUCAGUGCCUGUAGCUUCCCAUAUGUGUCCAUGGCUGAUUAAGCUGCCGGGAUGGAAAUUGUACUUGUUCUUGGUCGGCCUGUGCUGUGCCGAUGAUUUUUUUAUUUGAAUUUGAAGAAUGCAAUCAAAUAUCAUUCACAUUUGUUUAGCUUCA